AUGCCUAAUCUUUUUGAGUCUGCCACUAUUGAUGGUUCUGCGGAGUCUACUAUCGAGUUCCCGCUGUUUGUUCAGUUCCCAGCAACGCAACCGCCCCAGCAGUUGCAACAGCUAAUCAAUCACUUUGGUCUCAUUAAGCAUGCUGAGAAUGGGUACUUCAAAGAGACAGAUCGCUCGCCAUUUGUGCUAAAAUUUGGGGACGCCGAUGCAAACGCAGAUGACAGCGACCCAGGGAGUGUUAUGCCUACGUCAACGAAAGAACCGGUGUACAAGAGCGAAAGAAACUUUUCGACGUUGAUUUACUAUUUGUUGUCUCCAGAUGCUCCGGUCUCAAAAAUGAUUAUGAACACCAGCCGUACCAUCCACAUUUUACAGCGCGGAAGGGGUCAGUACGUAUUGGUGUAUCCAGAUGGUAGGGUCAAAACUUUCAAAGUUGGAUUUGACUAUGCGAAUGGCGAAGUUUCCCAAUGGGUUGUGCCGGGGGGUGUGUGGAAGGCAAGUUUCUUGCUCACCAACGAAGAGUUUCACAACGGGCUUCUCGUAAGUGAAGUCGUUGUACCCGGAUUCGAAUACACAGACUAUCAACCCUUCCCGGGAUUUGAACAGCUUGUAGAGCUUGUCGGAGAGGAACAAGCCGGUGUCUUGAAGCCAUUAUUGUAA